UCACAUGCAUCAGGAAAAAAAUGGGUUUGUAUCAAACUCUAUAAUAUGCCAUAGAUCCUUACCCAGCCUCCCUCAUAUCCCGCCAAAUGAAUCGCAAAUAGUAAUCCAAAAUACCUGACCCAAAAUAGUCUAAGGUCUGGCUUCAGGAUCAAGUCUAACUCGAUAAACUCAGCAUUAUUUUGAACUUUAUGAUAGGAAAGUGUUAAUUUGGAAAACCUUGGGUAGGACAUGGAAGUAAAUUUUUCUUCCAAAUUUCCUAUACAAACCCCUUCUUGUAAGAUUCCGAAUUUCUUAUUGCCUGAAGGCCUUGAACAGUUGACACAGUUAUGAGUUUAACAAGACAAACCAAGCUCCUUCUACCCCAAUCUUUGUCUGUUCUCCGUUAUCUCUCCGCCGAACCCACUCCACCAGCGCCACCACAAUCACCGUCACCACUACCAUCCGCCAAACCCUGUUCACUAGCACCAUCACAAUCACCACCUGCACAUGAAUCAUCGGUAAUAACAGAAGCAGUAAACCUCCUUCUUCAAACCCCACAUAAUGAAUGGAACUCUUCUUCCCAACUCAAUCACCUCCUCUUCUCUUCCCCUCCAACUCCUCGUCUUUUCUUCCAAAUCAGUCGUCGCUUACCCUCUUCCUCGCAAGCUCUCACUUUUUUUAAUUAUAUCAAAUCCAACCCACUUACGCCACAAAACACCGAAUUACUCUCUCACAGCUUUCAAGCUGUUUUUGAGCUCGCCAGUCGUGAAUCGGAUUCAUAUAAGAAGCUCUACGACCUUUAUAAACAAUGCAAAGACCAAAACGUCCCUCUUUCGAUCAAUGCCGCCACACUUCUAAUUCGGCGUUUAGGAAAGGCCGAUACUGUUGAUCAGUCCCUUCUGGUGUACAAUGAGCUCGAGCCCAAUAUUAAAAAUACGCAUUUACGCAAUGUGUUGAUUGAUGUAUUAUUAAAAGACGGGCGGUUUGAUGACGCGCUCGAUGUGCUCGACCAAAUGCUUCAGCGGGAUUCCGAGUUUCCGCCUAAUGAUGUUACUGGGGAUAUUGUUUUCCAUGCUUUAACGAAGAAAGGCCGCUUCAGGAGGAAAGUGAGUGAUGAGGAAAUAGUUAGUUUGGUGAAUAAAUUUGGUGAACGUGAAGUUUUUCCCGACAUGUUUUGGCUAACACAGAUGAUUUCCAGACUUUGUAAAAAUUUUAAAACAGAUCUAGCUUGGGAUGUUUUGCAUGAUUUGAUGAAAUUAGGUGCUCCUAUAGAAGUGGCUUCUUGCAAUGCUCUUUUGAGUGGUUUAGCAAAGUCUGGGGAUUUUAAGAGAAUGAAUAAGUUAUUGUUGGAGAUGAAGGAAUAUGAUAUUCGGCCCUCUGUUUUAACUUUCGGAAUUUUAAUUAACCGGUUAUGCAAGUCUUGGAGAGUUGAUGAAGCUUUACAGGUGUUUGAGAAAAUGAGUGCAAGCAAAGAGAAGGAUUGGGUUUCUAUUGAACCUGAUGUGAUCAUUUACAAUACUUUGAUUGAUGGACUUUGUAAAGUUGGGAGGGUCGAAGAAGGACUGGGUCUGAUGGAAAGGAUAAGAUCACAAGAGGGUUGUCAGCCUAAUGUUGUUACCUACAAUUGCUUGAUUGAUGGGUUUUGUAAAGCAGGCAAUAUUGAGAGUGGGCAAGAGCUUUUUGAUCAGAUGAGGGAGGAAGGAGUUAUGCCAAAUGUGAUAACUCUUAAUACUUUGAUUGAUGGCAUGUGUAAACAUGGAAGAAUCAAUAAUGCUGUCCAGUUUUUUAAGGACAUGAUGAAGAAAGGCUUGUAUGGUAAUGCUGUUACUUACACAACCUUCAUCAAUGCCUUUUGUAAUGUUAACAAUAUCAAAGAGGCAAUGGAAUGGUUCCAUGACAUGUGUCGAGCUGGAUGCACUGUGGAUGCAGUGGUUUACUAUACCUUGAUCUCUGGAUUGUGUCAAGCUGGAAGGGUGAAUGAUGCCAGUGUUGUUUUAUCCAAGUUAAAAGAAGCUGGUUUCAGACCUGACACUGUGUGCUACAAUGUUCUGAUUGGUGCAUUUUGCAAGAAGAAAAUGUUGGAUAAGGCUUAUGAGAUGCUUGCAGAAAUGGAGGCUGCUGGAAUUAGACCUGAUUGUGUCACAUAUAACACUUUGAUUUCCUAUUUAAGCAAAGAUGGGAACUUUUUAGCUGCUCGUCAACUGAUGAAAAGGAUGCUUGAUGAUGGCCUUGUGCCUACUGUUGUUACAUAUGGAGCUCUAAUACAUGCAUAUUGCUUACAUGGAAUGGUGGAUGAAGCCUUGAAGAUUUUCAGAGACAUGAAUUCUGCAUCAAAUGUUGCUCCAAACACUGUGAUAUGCAACAUUCUGGUAGACUCAUUGUGCAAGAAUAAUCAAGUAGACGUUGCACUUUCUCUAAUGGAUAAUAUGAAAGUUAAGGAGGUGAAGCCAAAUACUGCAACGUUUAAUGCCAUGUUUAAAGGCCUUCGGGAGAAGAAUAUGUUGGAUGAAGCUUUGAAAUUGAUGGAUGAAAUGGUUGAGCAUGCUUGUCAUCCUAAUUAUAUAUCAAUGGAGAUUCUUACAGAAUGGCUUUCAGCAGCUGGUGAAUUAGAAAAGUUAAGAAAAUUUGUACAAGGAUGCAAGGUCUCUGCUGCCCCUGCAUAGAAAAGAUGUUGUUGAGAGGUUAUAAUUCCUGGAAAUGCACCUGACGGGCCUAGUUGAGAUGAGUUGGGCAAACCCAUAUGAUAUUUGAAAACAAGUCCAAGCUCCAAUUUUGUUUCUGAGCAUUUAGUUUCAUCAUUCUGGUGCCACCAUCUCCUGUUGCACCUGUAACAGGCUGCAAUUUCAAUCCUUACUUGGCUCCUCUCCUGAAGUUGCUGAGGGAGAAUGUACUUAUUGUCAGGAUGCAUUUCAUGUGGCCUGAGAAGAUGUAUUCAAUUCAAUUUUUAUUUUUAACAGGAUAAAUUUUAGUAAUCUGACGUUUAAACUUUCUGCUCUCCU